AUGGUACACCAACUUGACGAAGGUAAAUUAAAACAUUGCCAUAGGAGUUCUUUUAAUUUCAUUGUAUUUAUUUUCGAUUCUCGAUGUACAGAUGAUGAUGAGCACGAUACAAAGUUGUCUUCCGAUGAAUCUGAAUAUUCAAGCAGCAGCUUGGGUGAUGACUCAGAUACAACCUCAUCAUCUGAGGAAAGUUCAGACGAUCGUCGAAAUGAAGAAGACGGCACUUUACGAAAUUUUAAUCGGCUACCAACUACAUCAUUUAGCGCUGAUGAUCGUGUUGAUGAAGAAUUAUUUGCUGGUCAAACCUCGGGAGUUGAUAACUAUUUUAACGAGCUACAACCAGUCAAUCAAAAGACUGUUACUACAACUCCUUCUGAUGAGGACGAAGAUAGCACGGAAACAGUUUCUGAUGAAUCAUCAGAAUCCGAUCUGGAUGGUUUAAAGAAGCAUGCUGAAGAAGAAAUUCCAGAAUGGCUUGCCGAAGUGAUUGCAAAAACAUUGAUCGCUGUUAAAACUCAUCCACCAUCAUAUCUUCGUCUUCGCUAUGAAAUUGAUGGUCCACGUCGAUCUUUUAGAGAUCCUUUGGCUAUUGAUAUAUCCAAGCUACAAAAAGAACCAUUAAGCUCUGAUCAAACAUUUUGGAUUCGAUUGUCACUUGUUGCACACAGAGAAAAUGCACCAGAUAAAACAUAUCUUCAUCCAAAUAUAUUGAAAUAUAUUUUGGAUGAUGCAAACGUUGCAAAAGUAUUAGACGACGGAACUCUUGCUGUUCGUUUGACUUCAGAUGAUAUUAAGAAAGGAAUAAAAGAAUUUCCACAUUUAUCAAUAAUUAAAAGAAAGUUUGAUACAUAUAAUCGUGAAUUAACACUAUAUAACGGAAAUACAGUUGCUAGCUACAUACGUGGUAACGAAAUAGUCACGGUGAAAGAAGCUAAAAAGAUUUAUAAAAAAUAUAAUUCGAAAGCUAGCCAAAUUGUUUAUCAAUUAUUAAUCAAACAAGGCGAGACAUUUGAUUUCACAGAUCAUGUAUGUGUAACACGUAAAAUGGAAGAAACUCAGCAAUCAACAAAACGACCAAAAGAAUCAACUGAAGAUGACGAAGAAGAAAAAGAAAUCGGUGAACGUCCAAGUCGAUCAAAAUCGAAAUUAACAAAACGAAAGAAAACGUCUCAUCCAUCAACAAUUUAA